AUGGAUGUUGAGAGCCUCGCCUUAACUAAAAAUCAGGUUCGAUUGCUUCAGUUCGAGACUAAGAACGUUGGCUUGAAGCACUUUAAAUAUGAGUAUCGUGCUAGAAGGGAUGUGCAUAAGCUCACCAAAAGUGCUAGUAUAUAUCUCGACUUGGAGGAAAAUGGCUUGAAGGGUAUUUUGUCGCAGUAAGUAUAGCUUUUUCGAUGCUAGCAUUAGUAAGAGAAAGGUAUUUUUGUAUUUGUUGAUUACAGUAUGCUAGACGGUGUGACUUUAAAGAAUUGUGACAAGGAUACUGUACUUCGACAACUUAUAAGCGUAGACGUUCAGACAGAAGGUAGGCAUCUAUUACUAUUUACCUUAAGUUUUAGUUAAUUUUACUAAGAAUCGGCUACAAAGUCUGCGAGUCGCAGAAUCAGAUGCUUACAUCGAUCAGAAUUGGGUAUUGUUACAGUGAGUAAUUUAUGAUUAUACGUAUAUUUUACUGCUUGACUGCAUAAUAUGAAUAAUAUCGUGCCAUAUAAUACUACUGUAAAGUCAUCGUAUUUAGUGCAAACGUCGAUGAAGUAACCGAUCGUUCAGUGACAAUCGCUCGUCUAAAACAUCCAGUAAACUUGGGACCGUAUCUUGAAGAUGUGACAUUUGUAAUUAUUGUGCUAUGCCCAUCUGAUGUCAUUUAUUCAAAGCAAUCUUUUGAGACAGCUCAAUCUUUCGCUACACUAUUUUCGUCGCCAGAACAUCGUGUUAGACUAAAACAUCUGGAUACAGAAGGCGACUUCAAGGAAGCUCUGAUUGAAAUGAGUAACGAAUUGGAAGAACGGCACGGUAACGUUGAAAUGAAUGGUAUUGGCAAGGUGACAGAACAGUGGUGGCCAGGAAAAGGGAUUUGCGACGAUUUUAAGAGGAGAUGGGGACAUUACAGGAGCGAUUACAUGGAUGGUGAGUGAUUACGUUGUAGCAUGCUUACAGUAAAAUACGAUUGUCUUGAAGUAAGCGCUUUUAAAAGUAAUUAAACAAGGUUUCUUAGGUCUAAAGACUGGUAGAGAUGUCCAGAAGACCAUUAGUGCAGCCGUCUUUUUAUAUUUCUCCGUGUUACCUACGGCCAUCGCCUUGGGCAUGUUAAACGAUCUGAAUACUAACGGGAAGAUCAGUAAGACAUUUUUGAUUGACACACUACUUCGUAUAGUCAUGUAUUUAAAAACUUCAAAACUUUACUAUAUUAUUAUAGGAAACAACUUAGAGGAUAUGUUUACAGUACUGUAUAAAUGUCAUUAAUACUGUAGGUAGUAUACUUCAAAUUCUAGAUGUGAAGAAGGAGAUCCUGAGCCAAGUGAUUGGAGGUCUCUGGUUCGGUCUCUUUGGGGGUCAAUUGUUCCUGGUCAUGUUGAGCACCGCCCCUAUUAGUAUAUACAUCGAAGUGAUACAGCAGUUGUCUAACCAGUACCAUCUCGACUUCUUCAAAGUCUACACGAUGACUGGCAUCUGGUGUUCUAUAUUUUUGAUUAUCGCCGCGACUUUUGAGUUUUCCAAAGUUAUGAAGUAUGCUAGACGGUAAGUGAAGCGUCAUUGCAGAGUAUAUGAAGUAAUAUAGCCAUGGAGUUAAGUUAAUGUAUGCAAAUGUAACACAUUUUUGUAAACAAUAGUAUAUGUAUGUUGUUGUAGGUCAUUGGAAGAACUUUUUGGAUUGUUUAUAUCUCUGGCAUUAAUAAUCAGAAGUUUGAAGGCAAUGGUAUCUGCCAUUGGUCAUCACUUUCCAUACUGUAUUGAAGACUAUGGUUUGGGAGAUUCUGGUAUGUUGCAUUAUACUUAAUGUUUGCUCUUUUUUGGUUACUAUUGUUAUGAAAUGUACAUCUCUUCGAGCCAUAUUGCACCUCUAUUUUAGCUGUGGUACCAUGCUCGCGCUCAAGCGGUUUGAUGUUUAUUGUCCUUGCCUUGGGCACUUUCAUUAUCAGCUACUUUCUGUACCGAUUCCGUGUGUCUUGUUACCUCGGUAAACUGAAACGAGAACUACUGGCCGACUACUCUCUACCCAUUGGAGUUAUGACAAUGUCAGCCAUUUACCUGAUCGUCUUUAACGACGUCACCAUGCAGAGCUUCUCAUACGACGACACUCACUCUCCCUUCACUGUGACAGCCUUUUCCGACCAGUCGAUCCAAGCCCAUGUCAUAUCUCUUCUCCUGGGUAUUCCUUUGGCCAUUCUCUUCUUCAUGGAUCAACUGAUAGUCACGAAUACGGUAGACAACAACCAGAACAACCUUCAGAAGGGGUCCGCUUCCAAUUGGGAUCUGGUCAUCGUAGCCAUCAUGAACGUUGUACUGUCAGUACUGGGGUUACCAUGGAUGCACGGAGCGUUGCCUCAGGCAUUUAUGCAUCUGAAGGCAUUGGCUGAUGUUGAGGAUAAAAGGGCAAAUGGGGUGGUUGAGAGCAGGUAAGGCUUAGUUAAAUAUAUUGUUCAAAAUAUGGUUAUUUACCAUAGUAAGAUAAUCUGUAAACUGUACGUUAAGUUAUGUCAAUUUGUUUACUUUACAAUGUUAUUUUUAUUUUCAAAAAUAUUUGGUUUUCAGCAUUGUAAAAAACCGAGAAACGAGAUGUGCAACCUUGCUUGCCCACUUGUUGAUGAUACCAACGUACCUGUUUCUGUUACCGUACUUGAAGAUGAUACCAACAGCCAUCUUCCAUGGCUUGUUCUUGUACCUAGCUAUCACAUCGAUGGACGGAAACGAACUUGUUCAACGGAUCUCACUUAUAUUUACUGAACAAGUAAGUUUAUAUUAUAGUAGAGAAAAACUUGCUACCGUAACAUUCUUAGAUAUAAGAUGCUUAUCGCGGUACUUUAAAUGUUACGUUUCUACCAUUUAUCACAUAGCUGAUAAGGUUGUAACUAAAGUUUUAAAUGAUAUGUUUAACUACAUUAACCACAACUCUUGCAGCGUUUGUACCCGCCCUUCCAUUACCUGCGGCGCGUUCCUCAGAAGAUCGUGCACUUGUUCACCGUUAUAGAAUCUCUCCAACUAGUGAUUCUGGUGUCUGUUGGCCACGUUCCAUGGCCAAUUGUCGAGUUGGCAUUCCCUGUCAUAACUUUUUUAUUCAUUCCAUUCAACUAUCUUGUAGUACCUAAGGUAAUCAAGCCUCACUACCUCUCGGUUUUGGACGGAGCUCAUUAA